AUGUCCCAACAAGAUGAAAUGAUGACACAAACGACAACAAGUGUUCGAAUCCGUUUAGUGGAUUUUGAUCAUAUUCCCACCCACAAUCAACCUCAUGUAUUGUUGAAAAAGAAAUUCUCAUUACAACAAUUGGGAAAGAAGAAAUGGCUUUUGAAUCGGGAAUUGAAAUAUGAAAAUUUCUUUCCUGUGGAGUUUAUCAAUGAUCCUGAAUUUGUAUUGAAUCACAUUAAAAAGUAUGGAUUUGGAUUGGAAUUUACACAAUUAAAAAAAGAUCGAGAAUUUGUUUUGAAAGUGGUUCAACACAAUGGUUUGGAGUUACUAUAUGCAGACGAGCCAAUUCGCAAUGAUAAAGAAGUGGUAUUGGCUGUCGCAAAGGAAAUCGGUGAAUUAUUUGAACUUGCUUCAAUAGAACAUCGUUUUGACAAGGAUUUUGUGUUGCAAGUUGUGAGACUGAAUGGAAUGGCUCUUUCAUGGGCCAAAAAUUUUCGCAAUGACCAAGAAGUUGUGUUGGCUGCCGUCCAGCAAAAUGGAACAGCGUUGCAAUUUGUCGAAUAUGACAAUUCAAGCGAUUCGAAUUGGUAUAAAAUCGUUGCAUUGGAAGCAAUCAAACAAGAUAAGAAGGCACUUCAAUGUGUAUCCAAAGAUUUACUUCAAGAUCAUGAUUUCAUGCUUCAAGCUCUCAAAUUAAUAUUUCCAGAAGAGUUUGAAACCCCAUGCUCUUUUGAUUAUUCAUCGAAAGAAAUCAUGAUGAAGAUCAUUCAAGAAUUUGGAUUUUUACUUGAAUUUGUGUCGAAUGAACUCAAAUGUGAUCGAGAAAUUGUUUUGAGUGCAGUCAGAAAUCACGGUCCUUCAUUGGAAUUUGCAUCGAAUAAUUUAAAGAAUGACAAAGAAAUUGUUUUGAGUGCAGUCAGAAAUCAUGGUCGUUCAUUGGAAUUUGCAUCGAAUAAUUUAAAGAAUGACAAAGAAAUUGCAUUACUCGCUGUUCAACAAGAUGGUUGGGCGUUGAAACACGCGUCAACAGAAUUGAGGGGAGACAAACAGGUUGUGUUCGCUGCUGUAAAUCAAAAUGGAAGUGCUCUUCUUUUUGCAUCCAAAGAGUUGAAGAAUGAUCGAGAAGUAGUCUUGACUGCAGUAGCUCAAGAUGGAUCUGUGUUGAGUCAUGCUUCCAAUGAGAUGAAGAAAGACAGGCAAGUUGUUUUGACAGCUGUAAAACGAUACGGAAGUGGCAUCGAAUUCGCAGAUGAUGAAUUGAAAAAUGACCCAGAAAUUUGGUUCGAAGCCAUUCAACGAGAUACAAACCAUAUACACAAAACUUCUAAAUAUUUAUUGAGUGACCGUCAAUUCUUGUUGAAAAUUGCAAAAAUUGUCGGUCAUUCCCUUUUGUCUUUGAUACCAACAGAAGUUAUCAAUGAUGAUGAAUUUAUGGUGAAAUUAACAGAUGAAAUCAAACGCUCUGGAUCUGUAUCCGAGUACAGUGAUGAAUUGUAUCAAGAAAGAAUGGAAACCUUUUAUCAUGGAGUGUAUUUGGGGUCUAGUUUGGACAUGAGGAAUGAUUAA